CCUGUCUCCCUCCCCUCCCCCAUCUGCAUCCUCCCUCUGUCCUCUCACCAAGUCCUCCCCUCCUCGUCUUUCCCCAUCCCUCUUACUAGCUUUCUCCUGCUCCCUUUCUCCAGUCGUCCCUCUCUCCAGCUCCCCCAGCCAGCUUGCCCUCUCUCCCCAUUUCCCCAUUCCCAUCUAACUCCCUUUCUCCCUCCUGGCUCCUUGCCCCAUCCCGUCCCCACCCUGUCCCCUUUGUGCCCCUUCCUCUCUGUCUCUUUCUCCUUCCCUGGCUUGGCGCCCCCUUUCCACCUCUAACUCCCUCCGGCUCGGCCUCCCUGUCCCUUCCCAGCCCACCUGUCUCCCUGCCCGUGUCCUGAGCCACCAUGCUGACCCCGAUGGUGGCUGGGGGGGUGGUGUUCCCCGGACUCUUCCUGCUCUCCAAGAACACGCUCCAGCGGCUGCCCCAGCUGCGCUGGGAGGAGGCCGACGCGGUCAUUGUCUCAGCCAGGCUGGUAUCCUCCGUCCAAGCCAUCAUGGCCUCCACGGCUGGAUAUAUUGUCUCCACCUCCUGCAAGCACAUCAUCGAUGACCAACACUGGCUUUCCUCUGCCUACACGCAGUUUGCAGUGCCCUACUUCGUCUACGACAUCUACGCCAUGUUCCUCUGCCACUGGCACAAGCACCAGGUCAAGGGGCACGGUGGGGACGACGGGGGGCCCAGCGCCCCGGGCAGCACCUGGGCUGUGGCCCGUGGCUACCUGCAUAAGGAGUUCCUCAUGGUGCUCCACCACGCCGUCAUGGUGCUGGUGUGCUUCCCGCUCUCGGUGGUGUGGCGUCAGGGCAAGGGGGAUUUCUUCCUAGGCUGCUUGCUGAUGGCAGAGAUCAGCACCCCCUUUGUCUGCCUUGGCAAGAUCCUCAUCCAGUACAAGCAGCAGCACACGCUGCUGCACAAGGUGAACGGAGCCCUGAUGCUGCUGAGCUUCCUGUGCUGCCGGGUGCUGCUCUUCCCCUACCUGUACUGGGCCUACGGGCGGCACGCGGGCCUGCCCCUGCUCGCCGUGCCCCUCGCCCUCCCGGCCCACGUCAACCUGGGCGCCGCGCUGCUGCUGGCCCCGCAGCUCUACUGGUUCUCCCUCAUCUGCCGUGGGGCCUGCCGCCUCUUCCGGCCCCGGGGCUCCCCGCCGCCCUCCCCCUGCCAGACCCAGGACUGAGGGUGGGGCCAAGGGACCCUCCCCGCUGCCCCCCUCCACAACCCCCCUCCCCAUGGAACUGAGGGGUGGGGGUUGGGGGUCAGGGGCCUCCUGCCCUGACAGCCCCAGGACAGACAGAUGGACUUGGAAGGGGCAGAGCCCCUCCGCAGGGACCAGGCAAGAGGGGGACCUCUUCUCCCCAUAGCGCCUGAGCUGAGGGCUGGCCCACCCCUUCCUGCACACCCCCUUUUCUCCAACCCCCAACCCAGGGAGAAGGACCAGAGGAAGGAGUGCCAUGUGCCAUCUGCUUAGGGCUUGUGAGGGGACUGACGCGAGGGACUGGGGAGUCAGAGAACAUGGACAUCCCAGCCCCUCUGCUGCAGCCUCCUCUCCACUCCCCCGUC